GAGAAAAUCGAAGAACGAAGGGUUAUUCUGAAGCGGCUUUCGGAGGAGUGCAUUCACUGAGUGUGGAUAUCUCGGGACCGUUCAUUAAGGGGCGCUCCUAUGAUGUUGAGGCAAGCGGUAGGGAUAAGGGAGAUGGCUAUCGGUAUUUCUUAGCUGGGGCUUAUACUAUCCCAGAUAAGUUCGGGGCCGAAAAAGAAGAUGUUCAGGAUACAGACGACUAUUACCCUUCGGACGAUGAGCAAUUGGUGAAGGAAGGCCCUGUUGAGGAGGGGAGGCAGGGAUUCCCCGAUGAUUUUCUUAACCUUCCGGAAUUGUUCGAGGAUGAGGUUGGGGUAAAGGUUGUGACUCGGCGGUUUAAAGGUAAGCAAGCUGAGCCGGCAGAACUGGAAGAGCUGCCAACUCCUGUGACAGAGUCGGAGAUUGCUUUGAACCCGGGAUCGGGAGAACCGGACAUGUUCCUCCAGACGAGGACCGUAGGAGUCACUGUGGACGUGAAGUCUGCCUUUCUUUAUGCCCCUAUAAGGUGGCAGGAGCGGGAGUAUUUGUUGCAACAAACCAAGACGGAUGAUGCACUGUGGCUGAUUAAGCCUGCGGAUGCAACUUCGGCCGGAGAGACGGUUGGAGUUCUUGUCGUGUAUGUCGACGACUUGGCGUGUUUUGGACCCGAGGGACUACUUCAGGCCUUUUUGUCGGCGGUGCAAGCCAAGUGGAAGACGUCCCCUCCUGAAUGGUUGGGUGAGCGGCCCGUCACCUUUUGCGGAAUUGAGAUUGCGCGUAACCCCACUGGCUAUCGCUUGACACAGUGCGCCUACGCCAAGGAGUUGAUCAACCGGUAUAAUAUUGAGGAGUCGUGUGCUGUGCCUAUUCACAAGUGGGUGGAACCGGAACCAGCAAUUGAGCCCAGUGUGGACGACAUCAGGGCAGCCCAAGGGGUGACUGGGGCACUUCUCUGGUUAUCUACUAGGACAAGACCGGAUUUGUCCUAUGUCGUGUCACGGUGUGGUCAGCAAGCAACCAAGGCACCUCAGGUGUCAAUUGCGUUAGGCAGGCAGGCUUUGAGCUAUCUGCGGGGGACUUUGGAUGUCGGUAUUGAUGUGCCGUUUGCAGUUGGUAGCCCUUUUUCGGAUCACGGGCUACUGUCCCUUCCCCGCACCGACAAGGUGUUGGAGCUAUAUACUGAUGCCUCUCAUAGCCCUGGUGGGGAUCGGUCGAUGCAGUCCUCGUUUGUCGUGUGGAGGGGAGUGCCGGUAGCCUGGGAGGUGGUGGAAGCGGUUCAACCUUUGAUAGACGAGUUGAUAGAGGAUGACUCAGUAAUCGCUUUGCUUGCAGACAACGAAGCCGCCAUCAGCCGAGAAAGAGUCGAGGCAGGCCUGUUGAAGGCAAGGUUAAUGCAGCUUCUCGAGCUGGUCAACGUAAGGUCAGCAGUAGGCCUGGCAAUUUUGGCUGCGGUGCCACAAGUGACCGGGCAACCAACCGCUGAACGGUUUGAAGAGGGCACAGGCUGGUUGCUUUGGUUUUUCGGAGUCUUAGUGACCGUGGCUUGCCUGAUGUGGGGUUGGUGGAUAGCCCAGGGUUCUGAAGGAUCUGAGGAAGAGACUUCGGGAUUCAGCGAGGGUGAGGUUGCCGGUCUUGGAAUUGAGGUUCGGGGUGACUCCGGAGGGUUUUCAGAGGAAGUGGCCGUUGCUGACACUUCCCCAGCUCGGGCAACCCUUGAGCCUGCGAGUGCUGAGCGCGCGGUUGAAGAGGAUGAUGAUUUCACUGAAGAGGAAUGGGCCAGGGCACAGGCUAAGUUGAUUUCGGAGGAACUUAGAGUUGGGUUGACGCUAGUGCAGAGGGCCCGUGUUCGACGAGCUAUUUCGCGAGGUGAUGUUGUAGACCCACCUACGUUUCAGCAAAGGCAGGCUCCAGUCUUCGAAGUGAGUGUAGGAGCUGGCAUGAUCUCGGAUCUGUUUGUUCAUUUUGGGGUGUUGUUAGCCACUUUGCUUGGAGCUCAGGAAACGGACGCCGGGAACCAAUGGCUCCCGCUGGCGAUUGCUCCGGCGGAGCUGGAUCCUCCACCCUAUGCAGUGCAUUACUUGUGGCGUUUGUUCGCACAGAAUGGGGCAUUGAUUUUGGCAUUGUUGGGCGAUCGGGAAGAAGACGAGGAGAUCGAUGAGAGGGAUGCAGCAGGCCUUCGGGGAACUUUGGAGGGUUGGUCCUUGACGGCAAUCCAGGAUGUAGUCCGUGGGUUAGAAACUGGUGUUUGGCCGGAUUGGACCCAAGCUCUUCAAGACAUCCAGAGCGAUGAAGGCGAGUCGAAUGCAAGCGGGAGUGCCCCGGGAAGGGAAUUUGCUCAGAGCUCAGGGUGGACAUGGUUAGCCUUGGGAUUUUGGAUGCGGUUCUUUGUGGUGUUUUGGGUGUGUAUGGGUACUGUAGGGGGUACUUCGGAGCUUGUCAUUGAUCGUGCCUUGGUUGAUUGCUCAGUGUCUUCCUGCGUUAAUGUAGACACGCGUGUCGUUGCCUGGGCUGAUGAUGCUGUAUCCUUCGGAACCGGGGGUGGUUGUGAUGGGUCUACCUUGUGGGAGGUUAGCAAGGUUUUGAUCGUCAUUGUCACUUGGGAAAUCCUACGUAGAAGUUGGACGUUGUGGACAGGACGAAAGGCCACUCCACUUGAAAGGGAGUCUCAAACAGAUGACUCCAGUUUCGUGCCUUUGCCUCUGCCUCAGGGCAUUCCUUACAGGGCACGAAUUCUCUUUAGCCUCUGGCGGGCGGGUUAUAAGAUUGACUCGGAGUUCUAUCCUCAGGAGGUUCAGGAUGAGUUGCAUUGGUUGAUAGGCGACCAUUUAGUUGCUCUCGAGGAGGGUGAUCCUUUAGACGACUCCUCGGGAUAG